AUGAUUCAGAGGAAGCUCCCUGAGAAGUUGACUGAUCCCGGGAGUUUCAUUAUUCCAUGUGUGAUUGGGGAGGGCACCCAAGAAAAGGCUUUGGCAAAUUCUGGGGCCACCAUCAAUGUAAUGGCCUACAAGCUAUUUUUGAAAUUGGGAUUGGAAGACAUGCUGCCUACGCGGAUGACAAUACAACUUGCGGAUAGGUCCAUAAAGAAACCUCGAGGUGUUGUCGAGGAUGUGCUAGUUGUAGUAGACAAGCUCAUUGUCCCAGUGGAUUUUGUUAUUCUUUAUGUGGAUGAUUAUGUUGAAGUCCCAUUGAUCCUCGGGCAACCAUUUCUUAACAGCGUCGGCGCCCUCAUUGAUGUAAAGGGGAGGAGGAUGACAUUGAGGAUGGGGGAUGAGGAAGUCAUUUUUACACUCCCUACGGCUAUGAAACAUACCUUGGACUAUGAUGAUCCCCUCUACUUUACUGAUGAAACUGAUAUGGUUAUUACUGAUUGUGUUCAGGAGGUCUUGGCAAUUAACCCUUUGGAUGAAUUUUUGGAAGGAAUAGAUAGCGAAGAAUGCAAGAAGAAAAAAUCACCUCCCACACAAGUAAAUCAUGUAGGCUACAUGGGGACAUUUCCGUGGCCGAACAAUAAAAAUAAGUCAAACACGAAGAAAAUUUGA